AUGGAGAUGUGGCCUGUAUCUACUAACCCCACAGUUGCACCACCAGAAAUAAAAAGCAUGCUUGGCAGGAUAGGUAAACUUAGAAAGAAGGAAGCUAGUGAGAGUAAAAAAUCUAGAAAGCUACCUAGAACUGGACUUGCCAUGACAUGUAGUAACUGUAAUGUUAGAGGCCACAACAAGAGAGGAUGUCCACAAAGGGUUGAGUCACCAACAAGGGAAGAACCAUCAAAUACAGACAAGGGAAAUGGCAAAACUUCAGGUUUAGGUAGGCCAAAGAAAGAACAAACAAAAGGUGAGCAUUCUACAAAGAGGUCAAGAGGAAGACCACCUGCAGCACCUAGUGUAUCUCCAGGACCUGCAAAGAGGUCAAGAGGAAGACCACCUGCAGCACCUAGUGCAUCUCCAGGACCUGCAAAGAGGUCAAGAGGAAGACCAUUGGCAGCACCUACAAAAGGUGCAAGAGAAAGACCACCUAUUGCACCUGCAACACCUAAUGCAUCUGCAGCACCUGCAAAGAGUGCAAGAGGAAGACCACCUGCAGCAGCUAGUGCACCUCCUACAUGUCCAUCACCUGCUAAUUACCAUGAAGAGGAAGGGGUAGGGGAAGCACAACCUCAUACAAAAGGCAAGCAGUCAUUGGAAUGGGUGUGUUUCAAGAUGAAAAAUGGAUUCAAAGCUCUUAAUCCUGGGAUGUCAAGUUGUAAGAUCUUCUCUAUUGGUACAACAAAGGUGACAAAAUCUGCUGAUGUUACUCGUGAUAUUAGUUACAAACCAAGUACUGCACCCAAGUUGAAAUGGAACGGAAAAGCAGCAAUCUCAACAAGAAAACUUCAAGAAAUGAGAGAGGAACAAAGAAAAAAAUCAAGAGGAAGUAGUUCAAACAAUCCAAUCUAG